AUGCAGACCUUUUGGACAGCCACGAAGCAGCACGGCCCGGCUGUCUAUUACCGUCGUAAGGUAUUCCACUCGGACAAUAAAGCGGUCCUGGGCACGUUCGCCGUGGAUUUUGUGGACGAGCCUUUCGAGGAGAAUGAUCCCGAGCUUCCGCCGAGGACGGUGUACUUUAGCGAGGAGGAACUCGCUGGCCUUGGAUCGGAUGACUCGAAGCCGAUGUUGGUUGUCCUUCAUGGGCUGUCCGGGGGCUCUCACGAGAUUUAUCUGCGGCAUGCGAUUGCGCCGUUGAUCGAGAGUGGUGAUUGGGAGAUUUGCGUUGUGAAUUCUAGGGGCUGCGCGAUGAGUCCGAUUACAACUGGGGUUCUCUACAAUGCUAGGGCUACGUGGGAUAUUCGACAGACUGUAAAAUGGAUACGAGAAAAGUACCCUAACCGUCCUCUAUACGGACUCGGCUUUUCACUUGGAGCCAAUAUCCUGACCAACUACUGCGGUGAGGAGGGUGCCAAUUGCCUCUUCAAGGCAGCCGUCGUGUGCUCAAACCCAUUCAACCUCGAAGUCUCCAGCAAAGCCCUUCAACGGACCCUCAUCGGGAAGGAAGUCUACCAAAGGGUCAUGGGCACAAGCAUGAAAGAGCUCAUCAAACGCCAUCAGAACGAGAUUGAGAAGUAUACUGCACUCGACUAUAAUCGUCUCCAGAGCAUCACAUACCUUUACGAAUUUGAUAGAGAAGUCCAAUGUGUGUUGUGGGGAUAUCCUACCGAGGACGCUUACUACCGCGAUGCAUCCUCUACUGAUGCUAUCCUUGCUAUACGCAUUCCUUUCUUGGCCAUUCAUGCCACAGACGACCCUAUCGCGGUGGAUGAGGCUGUGCCUUACGCCGAGUUCAAGGCGAAUCCUUACACCGUAAUCGCCUCCACUUCCCUCGGAGGGCAUCUCUGCUGGUUUGAGGUCGGCGGAGGAAGGUGGUUCUCGCGUCCUGUUUGCAACUUCUUAAACUAUAUGCAAUUCCAGAUCGAGGGCCUCUCCGAUGAUGCGCCGAAAGCCGGGAAUGGGAACAUCAACCCUGAGGUGCCUAACCGGGGCAUUAAUUUCCACCCGAUGAGGCGAAAGAUGGAGAUUUCCUUGUACGAUUUUACUGCAUAG